AUGUCUUCUUAUGCAAAGUUUAUGAAAGAGCUCUUGUCUAAAAAGAGGAAGCUGGAUAUGGAAAAAUUGGUACCACUCACUGAAGAGUGCAGUGCCAUUUUGCAAAGAAAACUGCCUCAAAAAUUGAAGGAUCUAGGGUCAUUUAGCAUACCCUGCUUUAUUGGAAACUGCACAAUAGGAAAAACUCUUUGUGAUUUGGGGGCAAGCAUAAAUUUAAUGCCUUUAGCCAUUAUGAAGAAGCUGGGAAUUGAAGAGGUAAAGCCAACAGGGAUAACACUUCAACUAGCAGACAAAUCUUAUACAUAUCCCUAUGGAGUAGUGGAAGACCUCUUAGUCAAGGUAGACAAGUUUAUAUUCCUUGCAGACUUUGUUAUACUUGAUAUGGAGGUAGAUGUGGAUAUCCCUCUCAUAUUAGGAAGGCCAUUUUUAGCCACAGGGAGAGCCUUAAUAGAUGUGUAG